ACUUCCCGUGGUGCGGCGGUUCUCGGUCCCUUCCGGUUGGGCCGUGGCGGGCGAGAGCGGGCUUCCGGUGAAGCGUUUCCGGGUCCCUUUGUCCCAGGUGCCGCGGGUCCUGCAUGUCCCGGACCUGCUCCGCCCCCGCCCGCAGACAAGGCGAAGCUACCGCCUAGGGAAGACGAACAACCCGAUCGCCCGAAAUGGCCCAGUUCAAGCGUCAGAAGCCUCUGCGAGCUGGCAGCCUGCAGGGAGCGAGGCCGUUCUCAGGGACACACCCGACCUCCUUAUUGGGACCUCCACCUGGCCUGUUAAACCCUCCGGUCUCAGCAGAUCUUAUCCAGAAUGCACGGCACCUGCAGGUGGGUGAGAAGCAGCGAGUCUUCACAGGCAUUGUCACCAGCCUGCAUGACUACUUUGGGGUGGUGGAUGAAGAGGUCUUCUUCCAGCUGAGUGUUGUGAAAGGCCGGUUACCACAGAUUGGUGAGAAAGUGCUGGUGAAAGCUGUCUACAAUCCAAGCCAAUCGGUGCCUUGGAAUGCCAUGAAAGUCCAGACAUUGUCCAAUCAGCCCCUCCUGAAGGCUCCCACCCCUCUCCUGCAUGUGGCAUCCUUAGGACAGAAACAAGGCAUCCUGGGAGCCCAACCUCAGCUGCUGUUCCAGCCUCACCGGAUCCCUCCUCUGUUUCCCCAGAAACCAAUGAGCCUCUUCCAGUCAUCCCCUUCGCUCCACCUGGGCCACCUUGGGAGAUACCCUGGUCGGGGCCCAAAGGGCAGGCAGGACUCAGGCAGAUGGGAUGACUUUGAUUCGAAGAAGCGAAAACAGAAAGGCGGCGAACCGUGGGGAGUGAAAAAGCCACGCCAUGAUCCGCCACAGUACCGGGUCUACUUUGCACGCUAUGCUGUGGACAGCCCCUUCUGCGAUGCCAUGGAAAUCCUGAGACGCUACUGCAGCAUCCAGUUGCCCCGGGAGUUCUAUGAUGUCCGCCUGUGCUGGCUGGACACCUUCCCGCUUACCCAGCCACUGACACUGAGGCACCCCAGCCGCAUCCUGGUGGCUGACCCUGCUGCGGAGGAGGCGCCCGAGGCAGAGGAGGAUCCCACCCAGGAUGUUGUGCCGGAGGACACAGAUCCUGCAUUCAGUGCCAAGGUGAUGCUGCUGUCUUCCCCAGGCCUAGAGGAGUUGUAUCGCCAUUGCUUGUUAUAUAUUGAAGAGCCCAGCGAGCAGAAGGAGAGUCCAGAGCACCCCACAAAGCAAAUAAAGUUCCUGCUGGGGAGGAAAGAGGAUGAAGCUGUGCUGAUUGGAGGGGAGUGGUCGCCUUCUCUGGAUGGCCCCGAGCCGGACUCUGAUCCCAUGGUUCUGGUUCGCACAGCCAUUCGCUGCACCAAGGCCCAGACUGGCUUGGACCUGAGUGCUUGCACUAAGUGGUUCCGUUUUGCUGAGUUUAGGUAUCUGCGGCAGGGAGACCCAUCACAGAGGGAGACAGUGGUGAUCUUCCUGCCGGAUGUCUGGAGCUGCAUGCCGCCUCUGGAGGAGUGGGAGGCCCUGUGCCAGCAGAAGGCAGAGAAGGCCCCUCUGCCACCCCCCUCACCCUCACGGGAAGAGAAAGCAGAGAUGGAUGUGGAGAUCCCAGAAGUGGCCCCUGACCAGGAAAUGGAGGCCAAUGCACAGGAUGUGGAUGCCACCAAUGCUGCUGCUGAGCCAGCUCCUGAACCAGAAGCUCCAGCUCCCCCCCUGGAACCUGCCAUCAUCGCCCACCCCAAACCAGCAAUGCAGGGUGGGCAGCCGAGCUGCUCCAACCUCUCACUCUGCACCUUGCUGGAGUACAGGAGACGGAGGGAAAAGCUUUCAUUUGAGGUGGCGGUGGUGGCAGAGCUUUUCCAGGAGAUGCUGCAGCGGGAUUUUGGCUACAAGCUUUACAAGGCGCUGCUGGCUCUGCCAGCGAAGGAAGAGCCAUCAGAGGCAAAGAACCUGGAGUCAGAGAAGCCAGCUGAGCAUGAGAAAGUGCAGAAGGAAGAUGCCCAGGAGCCUCAGGAGGAGGCAACCAGUGAGCAGGAGCCUGUGCAGACCCAUCAGGAGGAGGAAGAGGCAGAGCAGAAGCCAGCAUGCAGUGAGAGUCCCAAGGUGGCCAAAGAGGAUGAGAAGGCCAGCAAAGAUGACAGCAAAGUGGAGCCCAAAGACUCAACUGAUGAGCUGUGCAUGCUGAGCCUAGAGGAUGACCUCCUGCUGCUGCGAGACGAUGAGGAGGAGGACUUUGGUGUCAAGUUAGAUGAUGCGGAGGUGAGAUCCAUUGCUUCCAACCAGUCAGAGAUGGAGUUCUCAUCACUCCAGGACCUGCAGCCCAAGGAGCUGGACCCAAGUGCUGAGCUGCCUGUGGAUGCUCUCCUGGCCUUUAUCUACUUCGAUUUGAAUUUCUGUGGCUACCUGCACAGAAGAGACCUGGAGAAGAUCCUCAUGACACUGGGGCUACAUCUUUGCAAAGAGCAGGUGAAGCAUCUUGUGAACAGAGUAGUGACUCAGUACGUUUGCCAGUAUCGGAACCUGCACUACAACCGCCAGGACAGUGCUGACCACAUCACUGAGGAGGGGCUCUUGGGAAACCUUGCUUUGCUCCCUGCCUCAAACUCUGUGGCUGAGGAUUCUGCUCAGCCUAAGGCAGUGGUGGAGCAUGGGGACCUGAUCUCCCACAAUGGGACUGUCCUCAACGUGGGAAAGCUGCUGGAGAAGGCAGAGCAGACUGAGAGUAGCCGCCUGUACCUGGAGAGCAAAAUCCACACACUGGAGGUCAAGCUGGAGGAAGCCCAGACCCGUUUCUCAGCAACAGAGUCCUCAAACAAGGUGCUGACUGCUGAGCUGCAGGAUGUACAGAAGCAGCUGGCUGAUAUGGAGGAGCAGGUGAAAUCAGCAGAGAGGCAGAAAUCCCACUUCCAAAGGCUGCUGCAGGAGAACAAAAAGCGCCUUGUUCCACUGCAGCUGGAGAUCCAGAAGAUCAUUGAGAAGACUAAUAACUGCUUAGAGAAGAAGGAGGAGGAACCAUCAUCUAGCAACUGACACCUGUGACUCCCUGAAGCUAUAGUGUGCCAGAGGAGAGCAGAGUCUGUGCCCUGUCAUGAGCAUAGACUAAAUGGCAAGGUCAGUGAGCGAGGGGCAUAGAUGCUGAGGAACCAGGAACCAACCCUUUCACUGCCUGAGGGAGACUUGAGGGAGACUUGAGCUGGAUUCCCAUUAUGGGGGAACAGGACAGUGUUGGGCUGCAGCACAUGACAAACUUCUGAGGUAGGAAUUUUCACAGCCUAGUGUGUGCAAGUGCUGAUGCCCAUGAACUGGCUUUGCGACAACCAAGGUUGUCAAAAAAAACUGAGCAUCACUGCCCAUGCCUCCCCCUUUUUACAAUAAACACACAAGGGUCUUAAAAUGAAGGUCUGCCAUCUGCACUUAGUUUUGAUGUGGUGCUUUAGACAAUAAAUGUGGUAACAACUUGUAUUUAAUGGGAAAGGUUUAAAAACUCUCUUCUUUUUCUUCACUUGUUUGUCUGUGGCUAUUUUUGUCUCUUGUUUUCCCACUGAGAUGAGAUGACUUUGUAUAAUUUUUUUUUUUUAAAUUCUCAAUAAAUAGUUGUGUGCUCCAGGAAAAA